CUUUCUUUAUUGUUUAAAGAAACAAUAUAUUCUAAGUACAUAAUUAAAAAAAUAAAAUCAAGGUAGUCGCCACUCGCCACCAGGAAGGGGAAAAUUCCCUUGUAAAACACUUUGCUUUCGAUCUGAGAAUUUGCCAAGAGAAAUCAAAUCCUAUAUCUUCAAUUUCUGAUAGAAAAUUCACGCCACGAGGCAUAGGUUAUUGAAAAAUCUGCAAGUACUUGAAUUUGUGUGAAGGAAAGAUGCAAAAUCAGGAUGGAGCGGUAGCUGAUAGGGAAAAGGAAUCUGCUGUAUCCAUUCCCAUUUCUGAAGUUGAUGACUGGGCAAAUUUCGCAGAUGAUGAUAUCAUGCAGCAACAAUCUGCCAUUCAUGCUGAGGAGGCCAAGAAAAUUCCAUUUGUUGGUGACAAGGAAGCACUCUCUAUGUUGGCAGCUGAAUAUGAAUCAGGAAGUCCUAUAUUGCUAGAAAAAAUAAAGGUGCUUGAUCAGCAAUAUGCAGCCAUUAGAAGAACGCGAGGAGAUGGAAACUGCUUUUUCCGGAGUUUUAUGUUUUCAUACCUUGAACAUAUUUUGGAAUCUCAAGACCGUGCUGAGGUUGAUCGUAUCAAAGGCAAUGUUGAAGAAUGUAGAAAGACACUUCAGAGCUUAGGCCACACAGAUUUUACAUUUGAGGACUUUUUUUCGUUAUUCCUUGAGCAGCUGGAAUGCGUUCUUCAAGGAAAUGAAGAUUCCAUAAGUCAGGAUGAAUUAAUACUAAGGAGUCGAGAUCAGUCAAUUUCCGACUAUGUUGUAAUGUUCUUCAGGUUUGUUACCUCUGGUGAAAUACGAAAGCGAUCAGAGUUUUUCGAACCCUUUAUUUUGGGAUUAACAAAUGCAACAGUGGAACAGUUUUGCAAGUCAUCCGUAGAGCCAAUGGGUGAAGAGAGUGAUCAUGUGCACAUUACUGCCCUUUCAGACGCUCUGGGCGUGCCAAUUCGUGUUGUGUACCUUGAUCGGAGCUCUUGUGACAUUGGUGGUGUUAGUGUAAACCAUCAUGAUUUUCUUCCUACUUCGGGCGAUAAGUCAAAUGCUAAAGGUGGUAGCACUGUCCCUGUCAAGCCUUUUAUUACCUUGCUAUAUCGUCCAGGCCACUAUGACAUUCUCUAUCCAAAGUGAUGCAUUUGCAUUUUCUGGUUGUUGACAAUGUCCUAAUCAGUGGUCCUUGGGGGAAAAUUUACCUUGCAGGCUGACGUGUGACUGUAAUGCAAACGCAUACACUCGUUAUUCGGAUGUUACUCAUGCUUCUAAACUCUUUAUGUGCUUCUUAACUGUGUGGUAUGAACAAAAGGUUUCCUCAAGACUUGGAACUUUGUAUCUUCCUAUUGAGAAUAGCCUCACCCAGAAUCUAUGUGAAAUUGCAUCCAUCCAAAUAUAAAAUUUUCAUUCUGCAAA